AUGACGGAGACUGCUAGUUUUACAGCGGCUCGUUACGCCAGUUCCACAGCCGCCAGCCUCCCAGGCAAAACGCUUGCAGCGCCUCCCGCCUCCAUCACAGGCCCCUCGUCGAACCUGCACUCGCAUCGCCAGAGCCACAAUUCCUCCAAGCUGCCGUCCUUUCGCUUUGCUGACAUCAAGAACGCUCCCACUGCCGCGAAUACCCAGCCCGCCAAGCAGCCGCUGCCUCUCUCCCCCCGACGCCUCACAGCCCCUGUUGGCUCGAUCGAUUCGCAGCUCGACCGGCGAGACUCCAAGACGCGAUCCGACGCCGCGACAAAGGUCCUGACGCCGUCCGCUGCCGCGCGCAAUCGCCAGUCGCUGCCCGCGUCCGUAAAGACAGCAGAACCGCUUGUAUCGCCGCCGCGCCCGAAUCUGCGCCCUCGAGCCUCGUACCAGACGUCUGUUAAGCCCGCAAUCUCAAUCGUCGAGCAGGAACGGAGAGUCAGGCGCCCCGUGUCGUUUCCCGACGGACUCGCCGACGAAGCUGCGCAGUCGACCAAGGCCUCCAGUGUCGCGCGCUCUUCUUCUCUGAAGCAGAGCAGUCGCCGUUUGCCCGCAUCCCGCAGCACAAACGCCAACGGCAGAGUGACGCCCGACGGACCGCGAACGUCACUCAGCGCUCGCCAGGCGGCCAUCGAAGAAGCAGUCUCUCCCACCACUCGAGUUGUCCCGGACCCAAAGCCAGGCAUCAAGGUGCGAGCUCGAACUCUGCCGGAUUUGCCAUCCUACAAGCCGCCGUCCUCGUCGGGUCCUUCAGAUGAAAACCAGGACCAGUCGCUGCAGCGCCCACCUGUCUCUUAUAAACCGCCGGUAAACGGCGCCAGUGCCGGCCAGCCUACGGCUUCGACUGCUGUUCGCGUUCCGCCCAUUCGAGCUUUUCGAUCUUCGGGCUCUCGCAAGAGCUCGGUAGACGACAUGAACUACAACUCUCGUUCCUACGACGUGGAAGAUCGCUAUGUCGAUUCAACUGACGACCACACUCUUCGCGCUCUGGACGGAGACUUCUUCCAAAGGAGUCCUCCCACAUCCAGACACGGCACCAACGGCGAUGACACGGGCGAUGUUUUCUUAAAAAUUGCUUCUGAGGAAGCAGCGCGCAAUUCAAAAGCUGAUAGUGCGAAUGACGGUAAAUCACAGUAUCAAGUUAAUCGCACUACAAAUCGGCGCCCGCUUUCCUAUCACCCCAGCUCUCAUUACCCCAUGUCCCCUCCUUCGGUGAACCGCCGGCUCUCUGACCAACAGGAUCGAGAUCGAAGCCGCUCAGUUAGAUAUGAAGACGAGCUGACAAGCGAGAUCGCGCGGACCAGCAGCGCCUACCGCAGCCAGCUCAGAGACAAGGCUACAUCCUCUCGUUCCACCGAAGACACACCUUCAAGAUCCAACGGCUCAGGACUACGACCGUCACUCAUGACGCCCCGGACUGCAAGCCUCCAGGACCAGGCUGCAGAAAACUCCCCGUACAGCCGAAGACGGUCAUCCGUGGUUGACGCUCCAGCCUCUAGCUCGGCGCGCUCGUCUUCUCACAAGGCCACUGUGCUUAUUCAAAGUCAGAAUAAGACUUACAAUCCAUCGCCUCUAACGCGUUCUUUCGAGAUAGAGGAAGAUGAUGACGAUGACGAUGACCUCGAAGCCGGCAAUCUGGCCGAGGGAACUGAAUCGACUACAUCUACCAAUGCGCCAUCUACUGUUUGGGACGAGCUGGAUGAACUGAAAUCGCGAAUCCAUCGUCUGGAGUUGACUGGGAAACUGCCCCCCACCUCCGCGGCCGCAUUGAUCAAAGCCUCGGAAGAGAGACCGCCAACAGCGACGACAACCGUUACAACAAUGUCUCUUUCGCCUAAGAAAUCGGCAGCCGGGCAGCAGACAGAUGCUGGUAGUUCUACGUCGUCACAGCGAGAGGCACACUCGAAUCUGCACUCGGCUCUGACCAAGAUCAAGACAAUCCUCAGCCCGGAAGUAUAUCGCGCGCUUGAAACCGCGGCGAAUGAUGCCCUUGCGUUGUCGUCCAUGAUGGGCACACCUGGUCAGCCUGGUCCCAUAUCAGGUUCUGCCAGCGUGGUCGGUGGUGGUGGUGGUGGUCCUGCAAUCACGGAUCGUCAGCUCCGCCGUAGGACAGACAGCGUUUGCCGCAGCCUGACUGAGCUUUGCAUCGCCCUUGGAGAGGGUACUCCCUCUCGACCCGCAGCAACAACAAUCCCGCAAGUCGUGAUGACACAGAUUAGCCCGAACCAGGACCGGAGUGCGCACCUAGAGCCACCUAAAACCCCGACUAUGAUGAACAGCAAGACUUAUUCGGUUUCUCGCCGCUCCAGCGUCGUGCCUGAUCAGGCCACGCAAAUCAUCACCAGCCCUAGAGCCAUGUCCAAAUUCGAGGAGCGAAGGAACAUGAUAUUGAACGGAAGUCUUGUGACUAGCCCUCGGAAUUCGGCUUCCACCCCAACAACUCCCAACGAAUCUAUUGCUCGUAGAGCGUCGCUUAUUGUGUCACGCGCUCGCCGAGCGGUGACUGAGGAGCCGGAGGAUGGCAGGCGCUCCUCUGCGCUUUUGCGUCGACGAGCGGCUGGCGAUGACUCCGACGACGGCGGCCGAAGAACUUCAUUCCUUGUCCGUAACCGACGGGGAACUGUCGGCGAGGAAGACGAGGGAUCUAGGUUCCGAGCCCCAUCUAGGGCCAUUACCGAAGUGAGUGGCGGCGGGUCUAGAGGAGCUACGAAGGAAUAUCUACGUGUCUCCGAACGGGUCUCUGAUGCCCCAACUCCCCUGCCCGAAGCCGACACGCCACAGCCACCGUCAGCUCUCAGCCGACGACGAUUCAUAUCCUCGAACCUGCAGCCUUCUCGCUUGACCGUUCCGUCUACUUCAGGAACGCCCUCAACCAGAAAGUUUCUGGAGAGAUCCCUGCCUGAUGGGACCGAGAGUGGCUCUGAGAGACCUGCCGAAAACCGCCUUUCACGACAUCUAUCGGUUCAACAUAACUCGGACCGUACCUCCACCUAUCAUUCAUUACAGAGUCGAACUAGUAGCCUGCAAAUUCGUCGAGCAAACCGGGACAGCAUGGUUCUCCCGGCCUCUUCGACCACAGCCACAAAUGGCUUGAGAUGA